AUGGCGUCGGUGCAUGCACCACAUGCUGUUCAGCACCCAGGCGCGCCAAUGCCUGCUGGCGCGACCAAGCAACAGGCAGAAGAAGUUUUCAGGAAACUUAGGCAGAUGAAGGAGCAAGGCGUGCCACCGUCGGACCCUGAAUUCAUUAAGGCUUCACAGUUCUUGAUGAGUUUCCAGCAGCAACACAACAUGCGACGUAACCAGCAGCAAUUCUUGCAGCAGCAACAAAAGCAACAGAUGCAAAAUGCAACAAACGGUACGCCUGCUAACGGUGUUAUGCCUGGACGUUCUAUGCAGCAAGCCUCGCCCCAAUCGACUCAAACCCCUUCUAAUCCGCUCGGUGCCUCCGCAAUGCCAAGCCAAACAACUCCUACUCCUGCAUCCACUGGAACGUCUCCAUCGACUGCACCAUCUUCAAACCAUUUUACGCAGCAGCAGCUCGGCCUACUUCGACAGCAGAUCCAUGCCUUCAAACUGCUAGGGAAAAACGCCGGAGUCUCUCUGCAGCUGCAGCAGGCUAUAUUCAACCAGCGCCAUCGUAGACAGGCCGCCAUCGCCGAUGCUGCACAGGUGAUCCAAACGACUAAAUCAAACCAGGCAGAAUCUGAAUCCACUAAAGAUGGACAGAACGGACCUGGAGCUGUGACGGAAGAUGAGGCCUCGGAGAUUCCCAAGGCGCAUACAUUCAAGACAGUAAAGUCUCCCUAUGGCACCAGCAUGAUUCGCCCCGAAAUCAAGUACUUUGAUCAUUCCCAACGGAAGAAUCGCUGGUUCAUUCCUGGUGUAUUCCCUACUGGUAUUGAUUUUGAUCACUUGCGAUACGAACGAGAAGUUGUUGUCUCGAACAGAAUGAGACAGCGGUAUACCGAGUUAAAGAACCUACCUGGCGAUUUGGCUCACUGGGACUCUUCCAAGGAGACACUAGAGGCCGAUGACUCUCUCAAGCGAAAAGCAAUAAUUGAGAUGAAAAGCAUAGCUCUCUACGCCAAGCAACGGGCUCUUCGGGAUAAGAUCGGACGUCAAAUGAUGCAUUAUGAUAACCUCGCCAUGACCACAAAUCGAUCCGGUUUCCGCCGAAUGAAGAAGCAGAACGUCCGUGAGGCUCGUAUUACCGAAAAGCUCGAGAAGCAGCAACGCGAUGCCCGCGAGAACCGAGAGAAGAAGAAGCACACCGAUUUCCUUCGAGCUAUCUACACCCACCGUCAAGAAAUUCAAGAAUCUGCUUCUUCUCAACGUACGAAGUCGCACAAGCUCUCUCGUCUUAUGUACCAGCAACACUUUAACAUCGAAAAGGAGGAACAGAAGCGUAUCGAAAGAACGGCCAAACAGCGUCUCCAGGCUCUGAAGGCCAACGACGAAGAAGCUUACCUUAAGCUUCUUGACCAGGCCAAGGAUACCCGUAUCACACACUUGCUCAAGCAAACUGAUGGCUUCUUGCAUCAACUCGCGUCAUCGGUCAAGGCCCAACAACGCCAGGCUGCCGAGCGCUAUGGUGACGGGGAUGAUCCGCAGAUGGAUGAUGCCAGUGAUUACGACGAGGAUGACGAAAGCAGCAAGAAGAUCGAUUACUAUGCUGUGGCACAUCGCAUUCGUGAGGAGGUUACUGAGCAAGCCAACAUGCUCGUGGGCGGUAAGCUCAAGGAGUAUCAAGUCAAGGGUCUCCAAUGGAUGAUCUCACUCUACAACAACAAUCUGAACGGCAUCUUGGCUGAUGAGAUGGGUCUCGGAAAGACUAUUCAAACUAUCAGCCUAAUCACUUACCUGAUUGAGAGGAAACAACAGGCUGGACCAUACCUUGUCAUCGUGCCUUUGAGUACGUUGACAAACUGGAACUUGGAAUUCGAAAGAUGGGCUCCUUCUGUGAGCCGUAUUGUCUACAAGGGACCUCCCAAUGCUCGCAAACAGCAGCAAGAUAAGAUUCGGCAAGGAGGGUUCCAAGUAUUACUUACGACUUAUGAGUACAUCAUUAAGGAUCGCCCUAUUCUAAGCAAAAUUAAGUGGUUCCACAUGAUUAUUGAUGAGGGUCAUCGAAUGAAGAACUCAAACUCCAAAUUGAGCUUUACCAUUCAGCAAUACUAUCAUACCCGUUUUCGACUCAUUCUCACCGGCACUCCUUUACAAAACAACCUCUCUGAACUCUGGGCCAUGCUCAAUUUUGUUCUGCCGAACAUUUUCAAAUCUGCAACGACUUUUGAUGAGUGGUUCAAUACCCCCUUCGCGAACACUGGCGGCCAGGACAAAAUGGAACUCACUGAAGAAGAGCAAAUUCUCGUCAUUAGGCGCCUUCACAAGGUCUUGCGACCCUUCCUUCUCCGUCGUUUGAAAAAGGAUGUCGAAAAGGACCUUCCCGACAAGACAGAGAAGGUCAUCAAGUGCAAGUUCUCUGCCCUUCAGUCCAAGUUGUACAAACAGAUGGUCACCCACAACAGACUUGUCGUUAGUGAUGGCAAGGGCGGAAAGACUGGUGCUCGCGGUUUGAGCAACAUGAUUAUGCAGCUCCGAAAGCUUUGCAACCACCCGUUCGUCUUCGAUGUUGUGGAAAAUGUCAUGAAUCCUAUGAAUAUCAGCAAUGAUCUCUUGUGGAGGACAGCAGGAAAAUUCGAGCUGCUUGACAGAAUUCUCCCUAAAUAUCAAGCAACUGGCCAUCGAGUCUUGAUGUUCUUCCAGAUGACUGCGAUCAUGGAUAUCAUGGAAGAUUAUCUGCGUUACAAGCGAUUUGAGUAUCUCCGAUUGGAUGGUACGACCAAAUCCGAUGAGCGCUCCGACUUGCUUCGAGAGUUCAACGCCCCUGACUCUAAAUACUUUAUGUUCUUGCUAUCCACACGCGCAGGUGGUCUUGGUCUCAACUUGCAGACCGCUGAUACCGUCAUUAUCUACGAUUCCGAUUGGAACCCUCAUCAGGAUCUUCAGGCUCAGGAUCGUGCUCACCGUAUUGGCCAGAAGAAUGAAGUCCGAAUCCUCCGACUCAUCAGCUCCAACUCGGUAGAAGAGAAGAUUCUCGAGCGAGCAAGAUUCAAACUGGAUAUGGAUGGCAAGGUCAUUCAGGCCGGUCGUUUUGACAACAAGUCAUCUGAGACCGACCGUGACGCUAUGCUUCGAACAUUAUUGGAGACUGCUGAUAUGGCGGAAUCCGGUGAGCAAGAUGAGAUGGAGGAUGAAGAACUCAACAUGCUCCUUGCGCGCAAUGAUGAUGAGAUAGCUGUGUUCCAGAAGAUUGACGAGGAGAGACAGAGAAAUUCGCCCUAUGGCAAUGGACCAGGCAGCAAACCUCGACUUAUGGGUGAGGAUGAAUUGCCAGAUAUCUAUUUGAAUGAGGGUAAUCCUAUUUCGGAUGAGACGGAGGAUGUUGUGCUGGGCCGUGGUGCGCGUGAACGCACCAAAGUCAAAUACGACGAUGGUCUCACUGAAGAGCAAUGGCUUAUGGCUGUGGAUGACGAUGAUGACUCUCCAGAGGCAGCUGCGGCUCGCAAGCAAGCCCGAAAGGAUAGGCGAGAGAACAACAGGUUAAAGAAGUCUGGAAUCUCCAACUCGGUGGAUGAAUCGCCAUCAGGUAGUAGAGCAAGCACUGAGGAGAUUGAAACCCCCAAGAAACGGGGUCGUAAACCAGGCAGCAAGAACGAGAAGCGCAAGGCUGAAGACGGUAAUGAUGAGCCUCCCCCCAAAAAGCGACGUGGGCCACAAGGACGCCCCAGCAAAGUCAGUCUGGAGUCACGUCUUCCACCACAUCAGCGGGAAGUCUUACAAAAGAGUCUCCGUAACUUGUACGAUGCUCUAAUGACUUUGGAGGUGGACGAUAUUGAACCCCCUGAGGAUGACGAGUCGGAUCCUGGCAAGCGCCUCAUCAUCGGACCCUUCGUCAAACUGCCUCCCAAGCGCGAUUACGCCGAUUACUAUGUCAUCAUUCAGAACCCUAUCUGCAUGAACCAGAUACAGACUCGGAUCAAGAAGGAGGAAUACACAUCAUUAACUGGACUGCGAAAGGAUAUCGAAUUAAUGAUUCGCAACUGUCAGACUUACAACGAGGAUGGAAGCAUACUGUAUCAAGAUGCUAAGGUCAUGAACGAAUUCUUUAACUCCAAGUACCAAGAAGAAUUGGUUGCGCAUCCUGAACUUCAAGAACUUGAAGAAGGGGUAAAGGACAGUUCAGUGGCGCCCUCUGGAGGUGGCGGCACACCGCAGCCCAGUGGCACCCGGAUCAAAUUGAUUUCUAGUGGCUCGAAAGAAGCAAACGGUGGUAGCACUGCUGCUCAAAGCGACGAGGAAUGA